AUGGAGAACCAGCGCCGUGCCGACUCGCCGUCGGGUCUGUCAGAUAUCGUCGAGGGCGAUGGCCUUCUAGGCACUGGUUUAACGUCUCGUCACAUCGAAGCAUUCGGACGAAAAGUCACAACAACUGCAGGACACCUGAUGGGACCGGGCGAACAGCAUCCUGCCCACUUGAACCAUGCUAUGACCGACAUCCACCGCGAGCUGCGGCGACCGGCCACGCAGCGCAAGGUGUUCUCCCUAACACAAACAACACCAACCGACCUUGUCCGUUCAAAGCUUUCAACUUCCGAGAUCCAGUCCCGUGCCCUCUCCUCCCUCCCGGAUGACCUUCUCGCCAACAUCCCUGAAGACAACAGCUCCUACUCCCUUUUCCAAGGCUUCCAGGCCUCCGUUCCUGACGAGCAACACGAGAAGAAGCGACACCGAAGGCGCACCUCCAAGGGGAAACUUCUCAAGGAUGUUGAGAGAGGUGGCACCUUGUCUGCCGGCCCUGCUGGGUUGAAGGAGCAGCGGAAAUCGCUGAGUCGCAAAUUGGAGUUGAUGGGAAUCCGGAAGAAUAUGUGCAGUGCGGAGAUCCACGAGAUCGAUAACAAGGUCGCCAACUUGCACAAAAUGCGCAAGAUUGUUCUCGAUCGAUUGGCCGGUUUGGAAAUGGACGAAGCAGGAUUGGAGCAAGAACGUGGGUUAACACAUCGUGACAAACGGGAUCAUGGAGAAAAAACUGACGAAGAUGGAAUAGUGACGGAUCUCGAUAACAAGUUGGAAGAUUUCCCAGAAGAGGAAGAAUCACAGGACACAGCAGUUCCGACGCCGCGGUUAGAUGGCCAGGAUUCUAUUGAAUCGUCGGGAGAUCCAGCGAUGGACGCUUCAUUCAUGUCAGAAUCGAUUUAUGAGAAGAUCCCCUCGCCUUCACCAAAAAGUCUACGACAUCGAUCUAAUCGUAUGGAAUCCUCCGACCUGGUACGCGAAUCACAACUGACAGUAGAUUUAGGGAAACGAUCGAUGCCGAUUCUACAUGAACACUUCGCCCCGGGGUCUUUGAUCAAGGAAAUAGAAGCGCACACCGACAUGGUCACGGCCAUGGACUUUGACUAUCCAUUUGGUACCAUGAUCAGCGCUGCCCUAGAUGAUACCGUGAGAGUUUGGGACAUGAAUGUCGGCCGAUGCAUCGGUUUCCUGGAGGGACACAAUGCCUCGGUUCGCUGCCUGCAAGUGGAGGAUAACAUCGUGGCCACGGGCUCCAUGGAUGCCUCUGUCAAACUGUGGGAUCUGAGCCGUGCUCGGCCCGUGACUCGGGACGGGCGCCUCAACAAGCACGAGCGUGACCAAGAAGAGGGAGCUUUAGAGCACACCUUCCCCGCACCGCCGUCCUCUAACCUUGAAGACUGCAAUGUAUUCUCGCUAGAGGCACACGUCGACGAGGUGACAGCGCUUCAUUUCAAGGGUGACACCCUCAUCUCAGGAUCUGCAGACAAGACGCUCAGACAAUGGGAUCUAGUCAAAGGCCGCUGUGUCCAAACUCUGGACGUUUUGUGGGCGUCCGCGCAGGCAUCCUCGUCCAUGAUGGGUGACUCUGACUGGCGACCCUCGGGUCGCAUGCCCGAUGCUUCGGCCGACUUUAUUGGCGCAGUGCAGUGCUUUGACGCUGCGCUGGCAUGCGGUACAGCAGAUGGAAUGGUCCGUCUCUGGGAUUUGCGCAGUGGUCAUGUCCACCGGAGUCUUGUAGGACACACGGGGCCGGUCACAUGUCUCCAAUUUGACGAUGUGCAUCUGGUCACGGGUAGUCUCGAUCGCAGUAUUCGGAUUUGGGAUCUACGUAUGGGCUCUAUCUACGACGCUUAUGCAUACGACAAGCCAAUCACCGAUAUGAUGUUCGACUCCAAACGAAUCGUGGCCGCUGCCGGGGAGAGUGUGGUCAAGGUCUACGACAAGGCCGAUGGCAACCACUGGGACUGCGGUCCAGGUGUUGGGCUUGACGACGACGGGCCGUUCCCUGCGACCAUCGAGCGGGUUCGCCUUAAGGAUGGAUACCUUGUGGAAGGACGUAAAGAUGGCACUAUGGCUGCCUGGACGUGUUAG